UCCUCUCCUCUCCCGGCAGGUUUGGACCCGGCGCUGAGCGGAGGGAUGGGCAGCGCCAGUCCCGGGCUGACCGCUCUGCCCCACGGCCGCCUCACCCAGCCGGACGCUACCCUGCUGCCCCCCCCCCAGGACCCCGACACCCGGAGCUGGGGCUGCCCGGAUAGCCCCAGCCCCCCCGCCACCCCUGAGCAGCCCCUGCCUGCUUUUUGCCUGCACUACUUUGACAUGCUCUACUCGGAGGACAUCGCCUGGGCCACCAAGGGCAUGGGGGAACCAUCCCAAAGCGGUGCCCAGGAGGGGCGAGGGGAGGCACAGAAGGAGCCGGAGCAAUGUCCCAUCAUCGAUAGCCAGGGUUUGGGGCUGGGGGCCGAGGGGGACCUGCAGGCCAGCCUGCACCUGGAGGAGCACUCGCUGGAGCAGGUACAGAGCAUGGUGGUGGGCGAAGUGCUGAAGGACAUCGAGACGGCCUGCAAGCUCCUCAACAUCACCGCAGACCCCGCGGACUGGAGCCCCGGCAACGUGCAGAAGUGGAUCCUGUGGACGGAGCACCAGUACCGGCUGCCGCAGAUCGGGAAGUCCUUCCAGGAGCUGUCGGGAAAGGACCUGUGUGCCAUGUCUGAGGAGCAGUUCUGCCAGCGCUCACCCGCCGGCGGCGACAUCCUGCACGCCCACCUCGACAUCUGGAAGUCUGCCGCCUGGAUGAAGGAAAAAGCCGCCCCAGGAGAUAUGAGAUACUGCGGAGGCGAUGCCAGCUGGGCGGACGGCGAGGUGGACUCGUCCUGCGCCGGCCAACCCAUCCACCUCUGGCAAUUCCUCAAAGAGCUGCUGCUGAAACCCCACAACUACGGUCGCUUCAUCCGCUGGCUCAACAAGGAGAAAGGCAUCUUCAAGAUCGAGGACUCGGCGCAAGUGGCCCGUUUGUGGGGCAUUCGGAAGAACCGCCCGGCCAUGAACUACGACAAGCUGAGCCGCUCCAUCCGGCAGUAUUACAAGAAAGGCAUCAUCCGAAAACCCGACAUCUCCCAGCGCCUCGUCUACCAGUUCGUCCACCCGGUCUGAGCGGUGGCGGUGGGACAGGCUGAGCCCUGGGAGGGACAGGGGACCUUCACCACCUCCCACUGCCUCCCAGCCACAGAAACCAUCUUCCAGCACUAAGGACGGCGGCUGGGGUGCCGAGAGGCUCACCCCACCCAGGACCUGCUGGCAACGGACCGGGGGACCCCCCCCCCUCAACUCCAAGCCUUGGAGGGGAGGGAUGAGCCCCCAGCUAAGGGACCGCCACCAACAUGCCCUGGUGCGGGGCAAGGACCGUGCAGAGCCCUCAUCUCCUGCGAGCGCUUCCAGGGGAAGGUGGGCAUGGAAUUUGGGGCCAGCGGAGGAGACGUGGGGUUGAUCGGGGUGAGAUAAAGGCAGAUGAAACUGUGGCUGUCGCAGGGCUCCCCACAACCUUGGUGCCCUUUGGCAGGGAUCGAAGGUGGGAUGGUGGCUGGGGUCACCCAGGGGAGGAGCUGGGGGACACAGAAGUCCCGUCCCCCAGGUCUCUUGCCCCCCCCAGCACAUUGUCCUCUCACCCCGCAGCCCCAGGGCUUCAUCAGGACACAGGGGCCAAGGGCACGUCCCAGCAGGAGACCUCAACAUCCCCAUGGCAUCAUGCCCCAGGGCUGCUUGGGGGGGGGACAUGACUCCACCGCGGCCACACUCCCCUCCACCCAGAUCCUGUCCCCAUGCCACCACCGGCCCGGCUGUGGGACCAGUGCCCAUCGGGAGUGACCCUAUGCCCUGCAGCAGGGCUGCCCUGGAUUUACCCCGACAAGCAGCUCCUGGCCCUUAGCCCUGUUCAGGGUGGGGGGCAGCGUGGCGGGGGGGGCUCUGCCCUUUGCCGCACCUCAACCCUCAGCUGCAAAGAAAGGGGCUGCCUGAAUUUUAGGGGGGAUGGCGGCUAGGCUCGUCCCUCCUUCCUCCCCUCCCUCCUGGGUGCUGGCUGUGGGUGGCUUCACCCUGGCCAUUGUUCAGGGAGGACAAAGCCCGGGCAUGAGCGGGGACAAUGGCACCCAUAGGGACAACGGCACCCGCAGGGACAAGGGCACCCGCAGCUGCCCUUGGCUGGGUCUGCGCUGACCCGACCCGUGCAGGAGCCGCCUGGCACCGGCAGCACCGCAGCACCCAGGGAUGCUGCCUGCCAUGGGAGCUGGGUGCGGGGUAACUGUGCCCUGGGUACCAUGGGCAUUCCCUUGGGAUAAGAGCAUCCCCAUCCCCGCUUCCCGCUCUGGGAUAUGCUCGGCUUCUCCCCUCCACAGGGAUUCGGGGCUGAAAACGGGCGUUUUGCAAAGGGAGCAGCUGGAAAACGUGGGCGUGGGGCCGUGCACGCGGGGGCAUCCCUGCAGGAGUGGGGGGUCCCCCACCCUUGGGCACGGGGACACCCAGAGCCCCCCGAAGCCCCCAGGUCCUUGGCCCUGGCACAGGGCUCUUCCCUUGAUUUGGAUUUUAUUUGGACUGCCUGAUUCCUGAGUUUGGGAAAAGGGAGAUGGCAGCUUUGCCAUUUUCCUCUGGACCGUAAAUCCGAAACGCAACCCGCCGAGCCCGGAUGGGGACGGAAAACUGGGGAUUGCUUAAACUGCACAUUUCACAAGAGUCUAAGUUACCUGGCAAUGUUGAUCUUUUAUAUUAUAAUUUUUUUAUUUGUUUAUUUGCUUUUUGGUUUUUGCUGGCGGCAAGUUGUGGUUUAGGUUCAAAUGAUGAGGGUAGACGGGCCCGUGUACCCACGAGAUGCUUUGUGGGAGUUUAAAAGGAAAAAACCACCUGGUUCUUGGUCUUCUGUUUUUAACUUAAAAUAGCUGCCUGUGACGGCUCCUGCCUUUUUCUUUUUGUUCUGCCUGUUUCAUACUGUUUACAUGGCAGAGGAGCAGAUGCACUUCGGCCAGCCUUGCAAGCAACCCAGCUGGAGGGCGGCUGCAGGGAGGAGAGGAGCAGGGGAAGGAGGAAAACUGCCUUGGCCUCUGGAAAAGGGGAAAAAAAAAAAAAGUGGGAAAAAAAAAAAGCAAAACGUGUCUUCUGAUUUCCUGCGUGCGACCACUGCUCCCGCAGCCAGCGUGGGGAGCACCAGGAGGAUGGGCUGGGGAUACUGGUGCCCCAAAUCCUGUGUCCUUCUCACAGGUCCUUUGGUGAGGUGGGUGAAGGCAGGUGGUUGCAUGUCCCUGCAGGGAAGGUGGGCAGGAAGGGGGUUAAAUGGCGAGGAAAGCUCCUGCCAGCUGGGGAGGGGGCACCCAGGGACACUGUGUCCCCAGGGACGAGGGGACCUGACCCAGCAGAUGCCCACUGCAGCAGAACGGGCAGCCAGCGCCGCGGGACUCACAGCCAGGUUCCUCCCCAAACCCCUUGCAGCUCCAGCCCUUAAAUAAGGGGAAAUAAAUCCCUUUUCUCUGCCCCCUCUCCAUCAGGAGCCCAGAGAGUGCCCCCCCCCCCCAUGCCCUGGAGGGUCCCACUCCCUCUGCCCCAUACCCCUCGGCCACUGCCCUGUCCUGGGGCUUCCCCAGCUCUCUGGGGAGGGAGACGGGUGAGUGACCUGCAUGUUGGUUUUCCUAAGGUUUUGAGGCUCGUAGGCAGCCGGGGGGCUCUAUUCCCUCUGCCAGCAUCAACUUGCCCCGUCCGGAUUUCCCCAUCUGCCCCUGCCCAGGGUACUGGGGAGCACUGGGUUGGGGGCUGCUGCUUUUGCUGGCACUGGGAAUGGCCCCCAAAACUGCUUUAUCUUGAAUCCCCCCAUGGGCUUCACAAGGCUUUGCCUGGCAGGUUGGCAUGGGGGUCCCCAAAGUCAGUGGCUGCUCCCCCUCUCCCACAGCCCCUUUGUCCCCCAGGACCCCAGCAAUGCAGCCGAGCCCCCCAUCCCACUGCACCCCAAAGUCUCAGGGUAGAGGCGUCCCUAGUUUGGGGGUGCAACGGCUGCGACUGUGGCUCCCCAGGGCGUUGGGGGGCUCAAGCACCCGCCCCGGGCAGGGGGGUCCGUAACCCCAACAGCCACCUCCACGGGGGGGUGAGACCGGCGCACAGAGGCAAACG